UGCAGAAUGCCGCAACAUUUGUCGUUACUUCGAGUUAAAAAAAAAGAAAUGUGCGAUUUUACGCAUGCAUAUUUAAUUAACGACUAUAUUGUCAAUCGUUCGCGAGUGACUCGAAAAUGACGCGAAAGAGAAGAAGCAUAUCGAACGUAUUGCCGAACGCGAGUCAAAUUGAAAUUACAAAAGAUAUUGCUCACUGAACUACUUGGUCUUGUGACGACAUUGAGUCCUGAUGGGAUUAAAAAGAUGACUGGAAUUGGGGUAACGUUUCUAAUCUUCGGCGCCAGCCUGAUAUUCGCCGUCGUGAAUGAUGCCAGCGGGUAUUUGACAAGUUGUUCACUCAGUGCACUCGAUUACCAUUUACCGUCAGAAAUAGUACCCCGACAUUACAAUAUCCUGUUGAUACAGAAGAAAGACGGGAAGACUUUCAGCGGGUAUAGCGAUGUACUCAUCGAAGUAAUCCGCAAAAUUGAGAGGAUUAUUUUUCAUACUAAAGACUUGCUCAUAAGCUUACAAUCAGUAAGGCUUCGGAAGCAUGAAAGAAGCCAUGACAGCGAACACACGAUCGUAAAUUGGAAGGAUCAUAGCUAUUGUAACCUGCCGCAGGUGCACAUUUUUAAUUUUCACGAGAAACUGUCCCCUGGGAAUUACACGUUAAGCCUAAACUUCGACGCUAAAGUACACAGCUCCCAAGGUUUUGUCGUGACCAGAAACCUAAAUGUAUCAGCCGAUAACACGUUAGCGUACAUAACACUUUUCGAACGGAUUAGUGCUCGACGUUUGUUUCCAUGCUGGGACGAGCCGAAGUUCAAGGCAACUUUCAAUAUUUCCGUCGUACAUUCAUCCACAACCGAUGUCUUAUCAAACAUGCCGCAUACGAAUGAAACGUUUAAUUUAAAAGAUACUUCAAGAAUUUCGACACAACAGCAAAAACAGACGACUUUCCAAACCACACCAGUGAUGUCCACCUACUUGGUGACGAUCGUAAUUGUCGACACCGCUCUAUAUCACGUGUCAGGGAAGAACAUAAUACAGUGGCUCACAAAACUCGAGAAAGAACACAUGCCUGACAUCCAAGAGAUCGUUAAAAAAACAAAUAAAUUUUUACGUUCUAACAUAAAUAAAUUGUGGAUUAAUGACAAAUUUUAUAUUUUGACGUAUCGAAACUUGAUAAGCAAUGCCGUAGGAGCCUGGGGAUUCGCAGUUUUCAGAGAAAGUGAUCUCAUUUAUGAUUCGGAUUCGCAUUUUUCCGGACGCCUAAUUGAUGUGCAGAAAACGGUAGCAAAACAAAUAACUCGACAAAACAUCGAGAGUUUCGUGAGCCCACUGGAGUGGUCUCACCAAUGGUUCAGUAAUGCAUUUGCAACGUAUUUCAGUUACCAGAUUGUUGAUGAGAUACGAGAAGAUAAUAUCACGUCGCAACUUUUUAUAGUGCAGGUUCUACAGCCUGCACUGCAUAACGACAUUGAGCUGAAUGUACCACCUGUUAUACACGAUAAUGAUCCGUUUUAUUCUUCUCUUAUUUACAAGAAAGCCUCUGCUAUAAUAAAUAUGUUCGGAUAUGUCACUACACGGAGAGUGUUGCGGAAAGCGCUUAAAGAGUACAUAAAGAACUAUGCUUAUGGUUCCGCCACACCAACUGAUUUUUUGAAGGCACUGCAAAACAAAAUGCAAAAAUUCAACGUAGAAUGCAACUGCAACAUAACGAGUAUAAUGCACACCUGGUUCGGGCAAAGAAGUCACCCAACAUUGCUUAUUCAACGAAGUUAUAAUGAUAUUACCAUUAAACCUUAUAAAAGAAGACAAUCCCAAAACAGCUGGCCAGUACCAGUAACAUACACGACAGAAAAGUUAAAUUUCGCGCGAAAUUUAUCCACGAUGUGGCUGAACACUUCGGCGCACAAUAGUGUUCUGAAAAUUAAUGCGGACCAACGAAACGGUUUGAUUAUAUUUAACGUACAACAAUUCGGCUACUAUCGCACUUAUUACGACUUUGACAACUUGAAAAAAAUCAUAGGAUAUUUAAACUAUGAUGACUUCACGAAGAUACAUGUUCUGAAUCGUGCUCAGAUCAUCGAUGAUGUAUAUCACUUUGUAAUAAAUGGUGAAUAUAAUUAUGUGGACUUUUACGAGCUGAUCGAAUAUUUAAGGGAUGAGACGAGUUUUAUAGUGUGGCACAGUAUGAUGAACAUUCUGCACUAUAUGUCGCCAUUCCUCAACUUCCCAGAAAGUGCAAAAUUCAAGGAACUAAUUCUGGGCGUUAUGGGUGAGGCUCUGUCGAAGAUCGGAUACAAUGAAAGUCCCGACGACAAGGAGAUGCUGAAAGCUACACGAUUGUUACUUCUGAAUUGGGCCUGCAAACAUGGUCAUGAUGAAUGCAGAAAAAAAGCCCAAAACAAACUGAAAGCAAACAUCAAUGGCAAAAGCAAUGACAUUUUGCCGGGCUGGGAGCACUGGACGUAUUGCGCUGGUCUGAUGACCGCGGACAAGUUCAUUGUGCAUAAAACUUGGGAUCGUGUCUUACAAGCAAAAAACCAACAUUUGUUGCAAUACAGUGACUGUAUCGAUAACGAUAGCCUGCUCAAGGAGUUAGUGUCAAUGAUCAUCACGAGAUCGAGUGGUAAAUGGACUGAAGUGUCGACUGAUCGGUUAAAGACAUUAUAUCGCAGCGUAGUGAAGAAGCACGCCAGAAAACAACAAAUCCUAGAUUACAUCCUCCACGCUUUUUUCGAAAUAAUGCCAAAUCACAUGACAACACUGGAGAAAAUACUUGACAUUAUUAUGAGUUUAUAUUCCACUUGUCAACUUAACCAGAUAUCGGAAUACAUAAAUGGAUCAAUAAGUUGGUACAUGCAGAGAUCUAAGGCUGAACAUUGGACUACUUUUCGACUGAAUCAAAUAAAUAAGCAGAAAUAUAUAUUUGCACGUCGUUUCCACAACAAUCGUAUUAUAAAUGAAUGUUGA